AUAUCUUCGUAGCAUAAUGAUGUCAGUACAAAAGAUUGAUCAGCCGGGAAACUUAGGGAAAGGGAAAUGUAAAAUGCAUUGAUAAAUCAUCUAAUGAUACAUGACAAUGAUGCAUUUCAUCAACAAAGUGCUGUGUGUUUCCUCUUCACUUUUACCUAUACACUUAGUUCUGUAUAACGAAAAUAUAAAGACUAUGAUUUGCUACUAACUUAAGAACACAUGAUCUUAGAUAAAGCUGCUGAUUAAUCACUUCUAACGUCAGUACGGGUCAGGCUUAUUUCCGGUAAACUCGCAGACCAUUAUGAUUCCUAUAAAAAGUGUGAAUUCUUUGACUCUAAACCAUCAAAUAAGAUGACACGUUUGUUUUCAAAGUUCAAUCCGCUCGAAUUAGGUGAAAUUUGCUCAACUUCACGUAUUACCAAAAAUGAAGUUCCACGAGCACGGGAGAUUAUCAAGCAGGUGCCAAUAUACCACAAGAAUGAUAUUUCAUUGAAGGAUGCAGAUGGUAUCAUGGAAGAAUGGCACAAUAUUCUCCAAUCUGGUCCAGGUGUAUUUGUUGUGAAGAACCUGGUCGAUGAUCACGACGUUGUUGAUAGAGCCCACAGUGCUGCUGAAGCUAUCAUAGAAGCUGAGAAGAUUAAAUAUGCCAAUAGAGGUGAUCAUUUUGCAGCAGGUGGAAAGAAUGAUAGAAUUUGGAAUUAUUUCCAGAAACACGCUGUUCAGGACCCAGCUAGCUUUGCUGAUUACUAUGAUAAUCCUAUCUUGAAUCUGAUUUGUGAAUCGUGGCUUGGUCCAGGAUACGCACUUACUUCACAGCUCAAUGUUGUUCUCCCAUCUAGAGGUGCAGCUCAAGAGCCCCAUAGGGAUUUCCACCUUGGUUUCCAAAGCAGUGAGCAGACUACGCGCUUCCCAGCAGUGACGCAGAUGGCUACCCAGCUUCUCACUCUGCAGGGUGCAGUCGCACAUUCAGACAUGCCUUUGGAGAGUGGACCAACGUUGCUUUUACCAUUCAGUCAAAAGUACGAAUCAGGAUAUAUACACUACCGCAACCCGGAGCUUAUCGAUUACUUCAAGGCUAACGCUAUUGCUAUACCAAUGUCGAAAGGCGAUUCACUCUUCUUUAAUCCAGGUCUGCACCAUGCAGCAGGUGCGAAUGUAACUUCAGGUAGCACCGGCAUCAAGCGGUCAGCCAAUCUUCUGCAAAUUUCAAGUCCAUUUGGAAAACCAAUGGAAACAGUUGAUAGAACAACAGUAGCUUUGAGUGUCUGGAAUGACCUCUCGCGUAAAUAUAAAGAAAUUGGUUUCACAGAUUCACUUAAUACACUCGUUAAUGUUGUAGGACAAGGUUAUUCACUCCCAACUAAUCUAGAUUUGGACCCGCCACCACCAAAUGGCCAUUGUCCACCUACACAACAAGAAAUAAUUAGGAAAGGUCUUCAAGAAGGUUGGGAUUAUUACAGAGCUAAGGAGGAAUUACUCAAGAGGGAUGAAGUUAGACGCGCAUAAUUUGUAGCUGAUACAUAUGAAUUGCUUAAUAAGUUGU